CAGCAUAUUUUAGUGCUUUCCCAGCUCUAACUCACUUCACAUUAUGAAGGGCUUGUUAAUGAGUUAAUGAAGUGAUUCAGCUGCACUAGUACAUGCAACAUCUCAAACGUCCAGUGCACUAGAUCUCCAGAAUUGGGAUCAAAACAGAGCGAUUUAGAGCAUUAUGGAGCCUAGUUGUGCAGGUAAAGUUAAUCGUAAACACGCGCAGCUCUUUGCAUUCAGAUCUGCUACAUGCACUGGAAUUUACUCAACAUUGUAUGGCCUGUGUGUGUGUGUGUGUGUGUGUGUGUGUGUCAGGAGUUGACCUUGACAGGUCACUGGUUCUUAAACAACCAGUUUAGGGGGGGUCUACUAAAUAAAUCAGUGAAAAUGUACAAACACAAACAUGACUAAAUAGCUAUAGGCUAGACACUUCAUAAUAUCCAUAAUAAGUUUUUUUUUUUUUUUUGAAAUAUUAUUAUUAUUAAUUACAAGACCAACUUUGCACAACACAUUUAUGCAAAGGUCUUAAGAAGAGCUGUGGGAUGUUGUUGGUUUUGGGUUCACAAGGUGUGUGAGCUAAGGAUUUAUAAUUUAGUGAGGUGACAGCUCUGAGGUCUUUUUAAAGAUGCCAUAUAAAUAUGUCAUAUUUUACACAGUCUCAAAUAGACUAAAUGGGCAGUGUAUACAUUAAAAAAAUGAUUUCAGAUCAAAGUAAAAUAAAAGAAACUUUUUUCUUAUUUUCUAUCAUAGUUGCAAUCAGUAGUAAGCGACGUAGUGUCUUAAUAUUCUGACAUUCUUAUUGCAUCCAGUCCCUUUUCUUAACCCAGUGAACAAAGCAUCUAAAGGACUCGGGGUGCGAAAUAAACGGUCGGGGUCGUGGAGGGAGAAAUUUUUUAGGAUGGCGGAAUUACGCGUUGGAACAACCUGUAAAUUCCGCGAAAGGCAAAACUGUUUCCAACUACAACUGAGUGGCGUUGUUGCGCCGGUAGCAGAGGAGGCGAGCGCUACUGCACACAGAGCGAAGCGGAGGAGGGAAAAAUGCAGCUCAACGCGCACGGAAACGCGGCUUCACUCAGCGCCGGAGAGGACGCACUCCUCCGGGAAAAGCUCACCAUGUGACGGUCCCGUGUGAGUAGAGAUCCGUGCACCGUUUCACCUCAAGCCGCUGAAUUCAGACGCGUCCCGGGCUCGCGGCUCCUGCUCGCGGCAUGCCUGUGGAGCGCAUAACGCUCCGUCCUCACCGCUCAUGAACGCUCAGGGGGACGCGAACACUCCGCUCCGGCACGGCGCCAUGCCGCUCUUUAAACACCUCUCAGCGUCUACAUCGCACCGCCUUUGCUCUCCUCGGCUGCAUGUCUGAAUCACCGUGAAGACGAAAGAGGAGGAGGAGGAGGUGGGGGAAAAAAGUCAGAAAUCAAAUAAUUGCGGGAAGAUGGCGCCCACCAAGCCUGGCGUUCAGCAAGACCCUUCAAGAAGAGAACGCGACCCUUACUGGGAGAGGCCAGCUAAUGCCAGCUCGUGUUCAGCCGCUAGGCCCAAGACACUUCACCUCGGAGGGCAACAACAUACCUCAUCACCAUGGUUGCAGGCUCUGAGGAAGGAGAAGUCGCGUGAUGCAGCACGCUCACGCAGAGGGAAGGAGAACUUUGAGUUCUAUGAGUUGGCCAAGAUGCUGCCACUGCCAGGUGCCAUCACCAGCCAGCUGGACAAAGCCUCCAUCAUCCGCCUCACCAUCAGCUACCUAAAGAUGAGGGAUUUCGCCAACCAGGGCGACCCGCCAUGGAACCUGCGCAUCGAAGGACCACCACCCAACACCUCAGUCAAAGCUAUUGGCUCGCAGCGAAGGAGGAGCCCUAGUGCAGUCGCCUCAGAGAUCUUUGAGCCUCACCUGGGCAGCCACAUCCUACAGUCCCUGGAUGGAUUCGUAUUUGCACUAAACAAGGAGGGGAGGUUUUUGUACAUCUCAGAGACCGUGUCCAUAUACCUCGGCCUUUCACAGGUGGAGUUGACGGGCAGCAGUGUGUUUGACUACGUGCACCCGGGUGAUCAGGUGGAGAUGGCCGAGCAGUUGGGGAUGAAGCUUCCUCCAGGCCGGAGUCUGCUGUCUCAGGGAGCCGGGGCUGAGGACGGAGCAAGCUCAGCCUCCUCAUCCUCACACUCUGAGACGCCUGAACCAGUGGAGUCCAGCAGUCCGAGUCACCUCUCUCCAGAUAACACGUUGGAGCGUUCCUUCUUCAUACGAAUGAAGUCCACAUUGACUAAGAGAGGCGUCCACAUCAAGUCCUCUGGCUACAAGGUGAUCCACAUCACAGGCAGGCUGAGGAUAAGAAUGGCACUAACGCACAAUCGCACAGUGCCCAAUCAGAUUAUGGGCAUGGUGGUGGUGGCUCAUGCCCUCCCUCCCCCCACCAUUAACGAAGUUCGCAUCGACUGCCAGAUGUUCGUCACGCGGGUCAACAUGGACCUCAACAUCGUCUACUGUGAAAAUAGAAUUAGCGACUACAUGGACCUGACACCUGUGGACAUCAUAGGGAAAAGAUGUUAUCAGUUUAUUCAUGCCGAGGAUGUGGAGGGCAUUCGGCACAGCCAUUUAGACUUAAUGAAUAAAGGCCAGUGUGUGACAAAAUACUAUCGCUGGAUCCAGAAGAAUGGAGGCUAUAUCUGGAUCCAGUCCAGUGCCACUAUUGCUAUCAACGCCAAGAAUGCCAAUGAGAAGAACAUCAUCUGGGUCAACUAUGUGCUUAGUAAUCCGGAAUACAAAGACACACCCAUUGAUAUCACACAGCUUCCGAAUCUGCCAGAGAAAGCCUCAGAGUCAUCGGAAACGUCAGACUCAGAGUCUGACUCUAAGGACAACUCUGAAGAUAAUGAGAACUCCAAGUCAGAUGGGAAAGGAAAUAAGUCUUCUGAGAACAGUGAAGAGCCAGAGUCAGACAGUAAGAAGCCCACCAGACACUCUGAGCAGGAGAUGAGGCAUCAAGAGGAGGACAGCUCCAGUAAUGCAGAGAGCCAGGAGAGUGAGGACAGUUUGGAACCCUCUGAUUGUGAGGCUGAGCACAAGGAGAGCCGCUUGGCUCAUCUCAGUGGGCUGCCCAUUAAAGUGGAGCACUAUGGUGAUGGAGAGGGGGCAGAGCUUCACAAUUCGCUCUCAUCAUCCUCUGAGGAAGAGGACGAAGAUGAGGAGGAAGAAGAGGAAGACAAUGAUGAGAUUAUGAAGGACUACAACAGUGAAGGGGAACUGAGCGGUCCACUGACAAGUAAACGCCAGAAGAGAAAGAAAAGGAGGAAAAAGCAGAAAUGGGAGGGCAGUCGUCAGCGUCUGCGACUUUCACCUCCAGAGGCUGUCACAGCAAGUCCAGGAAGUCUGGAGCCAGCACUGGGAGAGCAGCCUCCACUACUGCCACCUCCAUCACCUGCCACUGCCUCAGUGCUUAAGAUCAAAACAGAGAUGGCCGAGCCUAUCAACUUUGACAACGAUAGCAGUAUCUGGAACUUCCCGCCUAACCGAGAGAUCUCACGCAAUGAGUCACCUUUCAGCAUGACCAAGCCUCCUAGUGCUCAUGAAGCCUUCCCCGCUGCCAUCCCUGACUCAGUCCUCACUCCACCAGGCACCGAAGGAGGAGCAGGCAUCAGGAAGCCCAACUUCAGUAACAGCAGUAGCAGUAGUAGCAGUAACAGUGCUCCCAACUCAACUGGCCUGGGACCCCCACUGUCUAACUCCUCAACCUCUGACCCCCUAUCACCUCCACUUUCAGCCUCACCACGUGAUAAGCAGCAGGGCACACCCACCUCCCAGAAUUCCCUUCUGUAUAGCGGUGACCUGGAGGCCCUACAGCGGCUACAGACAGGCAACGUGGUGCUUCCCCUGGUGCAGCGUGUUGCAGGCACACUGGCUGCCACCAGCACAGCAGCGGCACCACGCGUCUACACGGCAGGCACCAUUCGCUACGCACCCGCUGACGUCACACUGGCUGUGCAGAGCAACCUGCUACCCAGCGGCCAUGCCGCAGUCAACUUUGUGGACGUGAACGGGCCUGGCUUUGGUAUUGAUGCCAAGACACCCAUGGAAAUGCUCUACCACCACGUGCACCGGCUCAACAUGUCGGGUCCAUUUGGUGGCGCAGGCACCGGUGCCAGUCUCGCACAGAUGCCCACUGCCAACGUCUUCACCACGGCGGAGGGACUCUUCUCUACGCUUCCCUUCCCCGUCUACAGCAAUGGCAUCCACACAACACAGACUCUCGAGCGCAAAGAGGAUUGAAGCAAAACACUGAGACCAUAUUACUGUGUUCAAUUUAAAUCAAGACUCUUUCGAGGCCUAUGACUGUGUUUCAAGUUGGGGUGGGAAUUAAUUGUUAUAGCACUUUGAAUUUCAAGCAGUUACGCUUGUGUAAUUGAAACAAAUGGUUUCUCUUCCUUUGUCUUUCUCCAUUUCUUUUCUCUUCCUCCCUCCCUUCUCUAGAGCCAAUGACAUUUUCUUUAAACAAACUAAACAGGCUCAUCUCUAUUUCAGAGUUCCUUUGAGCCACAGAGAAUUCACCACUCAGGUGUGUGGUUUCUCUGUGGUGAAAUAAAAUGUGCUUUGUUUGACUUCAUUACAGUGCAUCCGUAUUAGGAUGUCUUGUGUAUUUAAAGGCAAUUCACAAAGGAGAUAAAAAGAAACUGUUCAUUUUUUAUCAAUAUCUUGAUGUGAUCAAGGCUGACACUGA